UCCGGCGCGUUCGGGGCGGGCGGCCGCGACGUGGCGGCCAUGAGCCGGCCCAGCCGGCUGCAGAGGCAAGUUCUGAGCCUGUACCGCGAGCUGCUGCGCGCGGGGCGCGGGAAGCCUGGCGCCGAGGCGCGGGUGCGGGCCGAGUUCCGGCAGCACGCCAGCCUGCCGCGCUCCGACGUGCUGCGCAUCGAGUAUCUGUACCGCCGGGGACGGCGUCAGCUCCAGCUGCUGCGUUCCGGCCACGCCACGGCCAUGGGAACCUUCGUGAGCCCGCGGGGCGCCACCGCCCCGGGAACCGUGCUGGACGGCAGGGAUGGCUGCAAGGGUCCCUUGUGA